AUGGCAAUCUCUGGUGACGACCAGAAUAUUGCUAACUCGCUGAGCGAGGUUCGACAUGCGCAGUCCCAGCUGACGGCUGCUGUCGACACGCUCACGGCGGCCAUUGGCAUCCAGCAACAGCCUGGAUCGGCGGCCGCAUCCGCUGCGCUUCAGCGAGACCCAACAAGCGCUGCUCCGAAUGACCCAGGCGACACUGGACCGGAUGCGCCCAACUCUUCGUCACCCUCUCAAAAGUUGGGCUUCACAUCCCGCAUCGUGCUCACUACGUAUCCCAAGCAGAUCGGUAUCGACCCCAUUCCGCUCGAUUGGGGAAACGAAGACCCGCCUGUUAUCCGCAUGAAAUUGCUAGCUCGAACUGACCUGUCGCCCUUCCGGCUGGUAGCUAUCGGAGCACAGUACGUUGGAUUCUGGGCGCUGCCCGGCGGCUCCUACUCGGUGUACUACGCACUGGCGGUCGCCAGCAAGGAACUCAACACGGACCACAGGCCCGAUUUUACCAACACAGAACCUGCCGCGAAGAUCGGUCCAUUCCAGCAAUGGGGCGACAAGAAGAAAAUCGUAGCCAUGGAUCCUUGGGGACAUCUCACGCCGUGGCAGUACAAGGACAUCAUGCAGAGAGAAAACGGUGCGUACCAGCUUCCGGAGUUGGAAGACAGCGUGCGAUCCGGCAGGCUUGUCCCCGAUGGCAAAGUGUGCUUGAAUAAGCAAGGAGAAUUGGCCGUCACCAAAUUUGCGGUAGAGCCGGUUUGGUAUCUCCCAGGCGUCGCUGAGCGAUUUGGAAUAGAUGAGGCAACUCUGCGUCGCUCGCUCUUUGAGCACACUGGCGGCAGCUACCCUGAGGCAAGUAUUCGAGUUCCCAUGACGCAGAGCGGUCUCACUGUCUACUGCUUCGGUGACCCGAGCAAAAUGUCGGACGAGUCUGUCCGGCUGUCACUGCGUAUUCAUGACGAGGCAUGUAUCCUCAUCGGUCCUGGACGUGGAGUAGAUUCUAACAAAGUGCGUCAGUGCAACGGAAGUGACGUGUUCGGAUCGGACAUCUGUACUUGCCGGCCGUACCUCAUCUUUGGCAUAGAAGAGGCUGUAAAGGAAGCCCAAAAUGGAGGAAGUGGCGUCGUCAUCUACUUCAGAAAGGAAGGAAGAGCGCUCGGCGAGGUGACAAAGUAUUGUACGGCAGGCGUGUCCCUCUUGGUUUACAAUGCUCGAAAGCGUGGAGCUGAUCGAGCCUCUGAUUACUUCACACGUACAGAGAACAUUGCUGGAGUGAAGGACAUGAGAUUCCAGGCGCUCAUGCCCGAUAUUCUCCACUGGCUGGGUAUCAAGAAGAUCGAUCGCAUGCUCAGCAUGAGCAACAUGAAGCAUGAUGCUAUCGUUGGCCAAGGAAUUCCGAUUCACGAGAGAGUUGAGCUGCCGGAGGAGCUGAUUCCCGCGGAUUCACGUGUCGAAAUUGAUGCCAAAAUCACAGCCGGAUACUUCACUGCCGGAAAACGCUUGACAUCGGAUGAGCUUCAGUCUGUUCAGGGCAGGAUGUGGGAAGAGAACAAGAGACUCUCCAAGGGCAAGAAGGGCCUCAAGAAGAAGACCGUCGACCCCUUCUCGCGCAAAGACUGGUACUCGAUCAAGGCCCCUAACCCUUUCAACGUGCGAGAUGUCGGCAAGACUCUCGUCAACCGCACCACCGGUCUGAAGAACGCCAACGAUGCGCUUAAGGGCCGCAUCGUCGAGGUCUCCCUCGCCGACCUCCAGAAGGACGAAGACCACUCGUUCCGCAAGAUCCGCCUUCGCAUCGACGAGGUCCAGGGCAAGAGCUGCCUGACUAACUUCCACGGCCUCGACUUCACAUCCGACAAGCUUCGCUCUCUCGUGCGCAAGUGGCAGUCGCUCAUUGAGGCCAAUAUUACCGUCAAGACCACCGAUGACUACCUCAUUCGUCUUUUCGCCAUUGGCUUCACCAAGCGCCGCCAGAACCAGAUCAAGAAGACGACCUACGCCGCCUCGUCUCAAAUCCGUGCCAUCCGCCGCAAGAUGACCGAUAUCAUUCAGCGCGAGGCUUCCACCUGCACACUCACCCAGCUCACCUCCAAGCUCAUUCCCGAGGUCAUCGGACGUGAGAUCGAGAAGGCUACCCAGGGCAUCUACCCCCUGCAGAAUGUACACAUCCGCAAGGUCAAGCUCCUCAAGGCCCCCAAGUUCGACCUGGGCGCUUUGAUGGCUCUUCACGGCGAGUCGGGGACGGAUGACCAGGGUCAGAAGGUUGAGCGCGAGUUCAAGGAACGUGUCCUGGAGGAGGUUUAG